CGCGCUCGACCCCUCGCCCUGCCGCGCUCCGGGAGGCGUGGGGCCGUCCGCGGGCGGCCCGUCAAGCCACCCGCCGCGCGCCAAAUUUGAACGAGGGCGCGCACAGGCGGCGGUUGGUUUCCGUUAGCAGGCUCGCGCGUCCGCCCCCCCCCGCUCCGCCGGCAGGCGCGCGCCGCGCUCCCCGCCGCUGCCAUGGCCACCCCUCCCAAGCGCGAGCGGCGGGAGGGCCGCGUCAAGAAGAUCGCCGUGGAGGGCAACAUCGCUGCAGGGAAGUCGACGUUUGUGAAAAUUCUCAAAGAAGCUGAUGAGGAGUGGGAAGUCGUUCCUGAGCCCGUAGCUAGAUGGUGCAAUGUUCAGCAAAACUCUGAAGAGGAUUCUGAGGAGCUGACUACAUCACAGAAGGGUGGCAGGAACGUGCUUCAGAUGAUGUAUGAGAAACCAGAGAGGUGGUCUUUCACUUUCCAGACGUAUGCAUGUCUCAGCAGGAUCCGGGCUCAGCUCAGAGCCCUUGGAGGCAAACUCAGUGAGGCGGAGAAUCCCGUGGUCUUCUUUGAGCGAUCUGUCUACAGUGACAGGUACAUCUUUGCAGCUAAUUUAUAUGAGUCCGAUUGCAUGAAUGAAACUGAAUGGACUAUUUACCAAGACUGGCACGACUGGAUGAAUAAGCAGUUUGGUCAAAGCCUAGCGCUGGAUGGGAUCAUUUAUCUCAGAGCCGCUCCUGAGAAAUGCUUACAAAGGAUUUACUUGCGUGGAAGAGACGAAGAGCAAGAAAUUACCAUGGAGUAUCUGGAGAAGCUUCAUUACAAACACGAAAGUUGGCUUCAGCAUAGGACGCUGCGAAUGGAUUUUGAAUAUCUACAGGAAAUACCCAUUUUAACGUUAGAUGUUAAUGAAGACUUCAAAAGCAAGAAGGACAGAUACAAUCACAUGACUGGAAAGGUCAAAGAAUUUUUGAGCACCUUGUAAUCCUCUUUGAAGCACAGGCAGAGUCAAACUGUUCCAAACAUCUGUGCGAUCUAAGGCUGAAAAAAGUUCUGCUUUUAUAGAAGGCCUCUGGAGAGGCAGGACUCAAUCCUGUUGACUUCACUGUGAGGAACAAACAUGCUUUGUGAAUAGGGAAAUCAUAAAAUAAAUCAGUAGGUCUGUUCAGUAUUAUAUUAAGCAACGCACACAAAUUCUGAAGAUAUGAGAAUUCCGAGAGUUCCCAAAUAUUGUGCCUGUUUCUAAUGAGACAAGUUCUUCUGCAGUAUCUACUGUAUUUUUUUAAUUUAUUUUGUGGCCGGUAGCUAUUUAAUUUUCAAGAAGGUAGUGGUUUUUUAGAUCUCGAGUGUUUUUUUGUUUUUUUAGAGGAAUUGAUUUGUAAUGGAUGUCUCACUGUUCUGAGGAGGAAAAAAAUAAACCCCAUUUUUGCUAGUGAUGGAAUUCUAAUAUAACCUGGAGUUUUAUAUUGUAAUAUAUAAAAAAAAGUGGUCUGACAAUUUAAAUAGAUGCAGUUCUUUGCAGAAAACAGAUUACAACAAUUGAAUUUGAAUUAAAGCAAAUUCAAAUCUGUACAGAAUUCCAGCCAUACCAAAUUAGGUUUUAGAUUGGUUUCCAUUGUGCGCUGCAAACUAGGAUAUUAAGAGGCUUUCCAUUCUCUAGCAUGUUUGGGGUUGGUAUUUUUCCUUUUAUUAAGCUGUUAAGAAAAUAGGCCUGGGUUUGGUUGUUGGUAAGUUCUCUUUUCCUUUAAAGGGGUAUGUUUGCUUGAUGGGUACUGUAAAAGGAAGAAGAAAGCUUUGCAAAUGGCCUCCAUCUGUAAAUGACAUGUUUCUAAACAUUUCCUCAGUCACGUUGUGGAUGUCAGAGGUGGCUUCCUGCUUUUGUUCCAGCUUCUGCGUUUGUUGAACAAGAUAUUGCAAUAUAUGAAGUAGGCUGUCCUUUCUCAUUUUCUUGUAGUAAGAAGGGGGAGACCUUUGUGGAGCAGCUGCUCUUCUACUGCAUCUUGUUUUAUUAAUGGGGCCCUUUUUGUUUCAGAUGCAGAAAUUAGAAACCACGCAGGGUACACAUCUCAAGUGAGCUGCUUUGUUCUGCUGUAAACAUUUCUGAAUGAUUGCACAGUUGGCUUUUGAAAGCAACAUGUUAUUGUAAAGCUUUUUAUUGUUUACUGUGGUGCCUGUGUUACCUGCUAAUUCGAGAUUAAAUUUUCUUGUUUUGUGGUUGGAAUUGUGCUGGUGUGUUCUGACUGUUGACUGAAAAAUAAAAGUGGUUGGAAAGAC